AUGAGCGGACCAGGAGCAGGACACCAAUACAGCCCUUACCCAGUAUCAUGGUAUAAGCGGGACGUGCUGCUGUUCGCGAACAGCAUAGGAUGCACCGUGGAUGAGCUACAUUUCCUCUAUGAGCUUCACCCUGAAUUUGCUGUCUUCCCUACCUAUUCAAUCAUCCUGCCUUUCAAACAUGAAUCCCCCGAGGUCAUCGACUUUUAUGCCGCUCAGAACUCGUCGCGAGAGGCCAUACCAGGCGUGCCAAAGCUUGAUAGCAGGAAGGUGGUAGACGGUGAGAGACAUAUUCUGUUCGCCAAGCAGCUCCCUACAACGUCGGAAGGCCGGAAGUUCGAGGUUCGCGGUAAAGUGGUCGGCGUGUACGACAAGGGCAAGGCUACAGUCCUCGAGACUCAAAGCGAUCUUGUGGAUGCGAAGACUGGUGAGCUGUAUACGCGCAUGACCGGCUCUGCGUUCUUUGUUGGCCAGGGCGGAUGGGGAGGGCCGGCGGGACCCAAAGCUCCUAGCUUUGCACCACCAAAGGGCAAGAAGCCAGACGCUGUACAUGAGCAAACGAUCAGUGCGGAAGCCGCUCACCUUUAUCGUCUCAACGGCGACUACAACCCUCUCCACGCGACGCCCGAGCCAGGAAAAGCCAUGGGCUUUGGUGGGGCUAUUAUGCAUGGUUUAUACUCUUGGAAUUCAACUGCCCACGCCCUGUUGAAGUUAGUGGGCGGUAGUGAUCCAGCCAACAUCAAGGACUACCAGGCGAGAUUCGCUUCGCCAGUCAAGCCUGGUGAUACUCUGGUGACUGAGAUCUGGCGGACAGGUGAGAAGGAUGGUGAUGGCUUCGAGGAGAUUCGUUUCACCACUACCAUCAAGGGUGGUAAGCUAUGCUCGAGCAAUGGUCGUGCAAAGAUCAAGGUUACUGGCCAGCGCCAGAGCAAGCUAUAG